AUGUCGGUGACAAAUUCAAGACUCAAAGAUAACAACAUGGCCCUUUCACUUUUGAAAGUGUAUAGGUCCAACAGGUCACUUCUUUUAAACACAUCUUACAUCAUUCUAAUAACUGCGGCAUUUUCCGGUGCUGCCAGUACUGGAUCAUCGUCGUCAUCAUCGUCAUCAUCAUCAUCAGACAAGAAGAAGGAGAAGUCGCAACAGGUUGAGGGAUCAUCACUGAGCAGCAAUUCAGCUCACCCCAAACUCUCUCGUCAAGCUUUUGACCGCUUGUUUCAUGCUAUUAUCCCCACAUUUCAUGACAAGACCGUGGGAUAUUUAAUUGCCCACUUGGUUUUGUUAGUGACUCGUGCCUUCUUGACAAUAAAAGUGGCCACUUUAGAUGGUCAGUUGGUCGGCGCUUUGGUCUCCAAAAGAUUGAGAGUGUUUAGCAAAUACCUUUUAGCAUGGAUGUUGAUUGGAAUUCCAGCGUCUUUAAAUAAUGCUUUGUUAUCCUGGACAAGACUGAAUAUGAGAAAAGGUAUCAGAGAAAACUUGAAUAGCUCAAUCUUGAAAGACUAUUUACCCGACAAUUUGGAUACAAAUUACUACUCAUUGAUCCACUUGAGUGGCAACAAAAUCACCGACCCAAAUCAGAGAAUCACCACCGAUGUCUCAAGAUUAGCUUCUGCGUUGAGUAGUUUACCAGGCCAGCUAUUGAAGCCAACGUUGGAUUUGGUUUUAUGUGCCCGUCAAUUGAGCAAAAGUGGGGUGGGCAAUGGUGAAGGUACCCUUGCGUUGGGAAUCUUGGCCCAUUUCUCAACCAUGAUUAUUCGAUUUUUCUCGCCACCAUUUGCUAAAUUGGCUAGUGAGCGUGCUAAUUUGGAAGGAAAAUUGAGAUCGGCUCACUCCAAAAUUGUUUCCAAUAAUGAGGAAAUUGCAUUCUUGCGAGGCCAUUAUCGUGAAUUGGAUUAUAUUGAUUACUGCUACUACACUUUGGAAAGAUUUUCGAAACAAGAGUAUUGGAAGAAGGGUAUCCAUGAAAUUGCACAAACUUUUAUUGUCAAGUAUUUCUGGGGUGCUGCUGGGUUGGUGUUGUGUUCGGCACCUAUUUUUAUUGCCAAGUACUUAGGAGAGGAAGAUGACAAUAACGCCGCUGGGAAGUUCAUUACUAAUAGGCGAUUAUUGCUUAGUGCUUCUGACUCAUUGGAUAGGUUAAUUUACGCUAGGAGAUACUUGCUUCAAAUAGUUGGCCAUGCAACAAGAGUGUCUGAUUUCCAAGACACGUUGGCUGAUGUGGCUCUGAGGAGAAAAGACAUCACUUCAAAUGUACAGUACAACAAUGACGAGAUUAUGUUUGAUAAGGUUAGGUUGUUGACACCGGCUGAUGUUACGCUUAUUGCAAGCUUGAGCUUUUCGAUCAAAUCAGGUGAUCAUUUGUUGAUCGCAGGACCCAACGGAUCAGGUAAAUCGUCGCUCUUUAGAAUGCUUGGUGGUUUAUGGCCGGUGAAGGAAGGUACCAUUACCAUCCCCACUGCCGAAAACAUGUUUUACAUUCCACAAAGGGCCUACUUGCUACAGGGUUCAUUAAAGGAGCAAAUGAUCUACCCUCAUUCGACUGACCAACAAAAGAAAUCAGAUGAGGAAUUGCAAGCGAUAUUGCGGGUACUAAAAUUGGACGAUUUUGUUGACCAGCUCAACGAGGUCAAAAACUGGGAGGAGGAAUUGUCGACAGGUGCUCAACAACGGUUGGCCAUGGCCAGGCUAUACUAUCACGAACCCAAGUUUGCCGUCUUGGACGAAUGCACAUCUGCAGUGAGCCCCGAUAUGGAGCAGUUUAUGUACGAGCAUGCUCAAAGCUUGGGCAUCACUUUGUUGUCCGUUGCCCAUCGACCUGCAUUGUGGCAUUUCCACAAGUACUUGUUGAAGUUUGACGGCAAAGGGGGAUACUUUUUCGGCAAAUUGGAUGCUGACAAGAGAUUGAAGUUGGAGAAGGAGAGAGUAGCUUUAGAGAAGGUGUUGCGUGAUAUCCCGGCGUUAAAGGAGCGAUUGGCCGAGUUGAAGAAUGUCUCCAAGUUGCAACAUCAAAGAUACGAAAAGAAGGCAAUUAGUAGAAGCUCUAACUAG